AUGGACCAGGGACGGUGUGAGAAAGACAAGGACAGUAUGCUCAAUAACCUCAACAACCUUAACAAUCUCAACAACCUCAACAAUCUCAACCAUUUCAUCAACCUAAAAAACCUCAACAACCUCAACAACCUGAAUAACCGCAAGAACCAAAACAACCUCAACAAUCUCAAUAACCGCAACAAUUUCAACAACCUCAACAACCUCAACAACCUCAACAACUUCAAUAACCUCAAUAACCUCAAUAAACUCAACAACCUCAACAACCUACACAACCUGAAUAACCUCAACAACCAAAACAACCUCAACAACUUCAAUAACCUCAACAACCUCAAAAACCUCAACAAUCUCAACCAUCUAAUCAACCUAAAAAACCUCAACAACCUCAACAACCUGAAUAACCGCAAGAACCAAAACAACCUCAACAAUCUCAAUAACCGCAACAAUUUCAACAACCUCAACAACUUUAAUUACCUCAAUAACCUCAAUAACCUCAACAACCACAACAACCUCUACAAUCUUAACAAUUUCAACAACCUCAAAAACCUCAACAACUUGAAUAACCUCAACAACUUUAAUAAGCUCAAUAACCUCAACAACCUUAACAACCUCAACAACCUCAACAAUCUCAACCAUCUCAACAACCUCAAAACCCUCAACAACCUCAACAACCUGAAUAACCUCAACAACCAAAACAACCUCAACAAUCUCAAUAGCCGCAACAACCUCAAUAACCUAAACAACCUCAACCAUCUCAACAACCUCAAAACCCUCAACAACCUCAACAUCCUAAACAACCACAAUAACCUAAACAACCACAAUAACCUCAAUAAAAGCAUCUCCGGUCGGUCAUCGCUGGACAAAGACGUGGACACGUGGUGCAGCACCGUGGUCACGUGGGAGGACGAGUGA